ACAUGGAAGUGCAAUUAUUUUAGUAAAUAUAAACUAAAUACCUUUUCUCAUCAGCAGUUAGAGCAGUCUUGUGACUUCUAUCUGUGUCCUUCCCACACACUAAAGCUUGAUGGAAAUCCCCUGACUUCUGUCUGGACAGUGCUGAUUGGCCCUGUACUGAUCACAUGCACUCUCCCAAGAAAAAAAAAACACCUCUCUAGUAAUACACACCAAGCUGAGCAUGUUCAUGCCUACAGUUCAGUCUGGAGAUAAAGGUGGUCACUUGAAAAGGGGGAGGAACAGAGAAGAAAGGAUCAAACAGCCUUUUUACCCAAUGCAGAGAAUUAACCCCUUAG